AUGAAGCCUCAAGCACUUCUAGCGUACGGCGCUGUGGCUCUUGCCCAGCAAGUCUACGUCCCUGCUGAAGGGCCAGCUUCACGACCGCAAUGCUCAGCAAACCACACAUACGCAUAUGCGACUGCACUGCCCUCAUAUACUUUCCGAGAGUUCAGCUUCACACAGACCGAGACUGUCCGUACAGCAAAGUCUGCCCCGGCCCCAACUACCACGACAACUUAUGCGCCGCCGUAUGCGUCACUCAGCAGCUUGGUGCCGAAUUUGACGACGACACAAUGGGGCAACUGGAAUUCGAAUACCACGGCCUCAGCCACCGAUUUGACGAACCCAUACGGAAACGCGUCCUGGACGGCUUUUUGGACAGCCGUACCUUGGAGCAACUUCACCACCGGAAUAUACUCUACAACAGUUGAACCAACUCCAGUACCGACCAGCGAGCUCAUUUUGCCACCACCUGAGCCGCUGGCUCCCCAGCAAUGCUACACUUUCCCCAAAGACUUCAUGCUUGGUGUGGCAGCAGCAGCAGUGCAAAUUGAGGGAGCCAUCGCCGACGAGGGGCGGACACCCGUUCACAACGACGUUGCUGGGUUGCUCAACCCAGGUCAAGCGCCAGACUAUACCGCUAUCGAAAAUUACUACUUGUACAAGCAAGAUAUUGAACGGAUCGCUUCCAUGGGCAUCAAGUAUUACAGAUUCUCUAUCCCCUGGACGAGAAUUCUUCCAUUCGUCCUACCAGGCACACCAGUCAACAAGCAAGGUCUCGCGCACUAUGACGAUCUUAUCAAUUUCGUUUUGGAGAAGGGUAUGCAUCCCGCUAUCGUUUUGUACCACAACGACUCCCCUCUCCAGUUCUUCAGUAACAUCAGCGAUGUCUUUAUUAAGCCCGGAACCGGAGGUAUCGGCUAUCUAGAUUCUUGUUUCCAAUGUAGCUACAAGAAUGUGUCCUGGGAGGAUGGUUUCGUCAACUACGGAAAGAUUGUCAUGACACACUUUGCCGACCGCGUGCCGAUCUGGUGGACCUUCAAUGAGCCUCUCCUGGCUUCUCGGAACGGCAAGUCGAUUAACGCUGUAGUCAAGGCUCAUGCAAGACUCUAUCACUUCUACAAAAAGGAGAUUGCUGGAACGGGCAGAAUUUCGCUCACUUUUAGCGACAACUUUGGCGUCCCAAGAAACCCUGAGGAUCCCGCCGACAUCGACGCGGCCAACCAUUUCAAUUCCUUCCAGCUGGCUACCUUUGCAAACCCCAUCUUCCUCGGAAUAGACUACCCCGAAUCAUUCAAAAGCAGUAUUGCUGACUAUGUGCCCUUGAGCGAAGAAGAUCUAAAGUACAUAAACGGAACUGCAGACUUCUUCUCCAUCCAACCGUAUACUGCAACUGUAGUCAGCCCACCGCCGAAUGACACAAUCGCUGAUUGCGCCGCCAACAUCACUCAUCCCAACCGACCUUACUGUGUAACCCAGAGCACUCUCACCAGCACUGGCUGGAAUAUUGGAUACCGAAGUCAAUCCUAUGUCUAUCUGACGCCAAGCUACUUCCGCACCUACCUAAACUACCUUUGGAACACAUGGCGUACUCCGGUCGCCGUUACUGAAUUUGGGUUUCCGGUAUUCGCCGAAGCGCAGAAGACCCAGCCAGACCAAGAAUUCGACAGCCCAAGGAGCUGGUAUUACCAGACAUAUCUGAACGAAGGCCUGAAGGCGAUCUGGGAAGACGGUGUCAAUUUCAUAGGCGCGUUUGCGUGGUCGUGGGCGGACAACUGGGAGUUUGGUGACUACGAUCAGCAGUUUGGUAUCCAGAGUGUCAACCGCACGACACAAGUGCGAAGGUACAAGAAGAGCUUCUUCGACUAUGUGGACUUUGUCGAAAGCAGGAGGCAGGCAGAGUAG